AUGAGGGAGACAACAGUCUGCCGUCCGAGGCUCCGAGCAAUCCUUCUCAUGCCCUCCCUACGAUGUGAGCAUUCCCAUUCAAUAAAAAGCCUGGACUCUGGAGCAGCAGCUCGACUCUUGCUUCCGGUGCCCCCGGAUUGUCAAUUGGUCUCGAGCCACCUAAUCGCGAGGCCAUUGUCUUGUGUCUUCGCGAUGAUCAAGCGGCUACCGUCGCACCUCUUCUGUCUGUGCGUGACGACUCUCCGACUUGACUGA